GUCAUUAGUUCUCAAACGAUCGUAAAGCAGUAAGAAAGGUACGGUGGCAGACAGGAUUGCGGUGUUGUUGUGCGCACCGAGAUAAAAAAGAAACGGUGCUAGAUAACGAUAAGGGAAUACAAGAGACGUCAAUGGUACGGCGUGGCUCGAAGUGACGAAGUGCGUGUGUAAACGAUCCGCACAGAAAGUAGUGGGGCUCGAUCAUAGUUGGCUGAGUGGACAAGCGAAAAGGAGGAGCUGCCGACAACGAGAAGGGUGUUACAGGAGACGACAACGACGGCGACGGUGACGACGACGACGACGACCACCACCACGACUACGACGGCCACGAUACGACCACGGCAACGAUCGCGGAAACGGAGUUACGGCAGCCCAGCCUAGGUGGCCCUAUUUUCUAGCUUUCUUCCCUAGAAACCCUGUUCGAUCGGAAUCGUUAGUAUAUCGUGCACAGUGCACACGGUCACGCGCUACCGCGUACAUCAGCGCCACGACGAUGGAGAGGCGAGCUGCUUUUGUGCUGCUGGGGAUGCUAUAUUUAGCGGGCACCCUCGUCACGGUCCAGGCAGUAACCUACAAGGGGUCGGCGACGAUCGUACACGAGGGCCAGCCUUGGUGGAUCGAAUGCAAAGACCUGGGGCCGAACGAUGAUCUUAGAUGGACCAGAAACGGACAGUCGCUCGAGAUGGAGUUGGCGAGCGGGCAGCUGGUCGUUGACUCGCCCGUGGGCGGAACGAGCAGCACACUGCGGGCAAAAUUCGCCACGGACAGCCACGACGGAGACUACAAAUGCACCCCGGAUAAAACCGAGGCUUUCCAUCUGUGGAUAUACGUCGACGUCAAGAUCAAAGUGGUAACGUCAAAGGAUGUGCCUGUGGUAUUAGAAUGUGAAAACAGAACCGCCGGUGAGAAGUUGCAAUGGUUUAAAGAAAAUGUUCCACUACACACAGCUUUGGCUAGCAGCGAUGAUGUUUACAAAUUAGACAACGAAACUGGCUCUCUGGAAAUUCUGAAGAGCACAGAAGUCAUCUUCGGAAAUUACACUUGCAAAGGAACCAACUCCUCCACAGAAUACAGACUCGUGCCAAAACCCACGGCACUCCUGCCCGGUUCGACGAGCGUGGUGGAAGGAGAGAAGCUGCAUUUAGUGUGCCUCGGUAAACAGAGUCCUGGUAUUAAGGUAACUUGGACGUUUGGCGACCAGAAUUACACUCGUAGCAAGGGUCGUGUGAAGAUCGGUCGGGAUCAGGAAAGAGGCAUCUACGGUGCUGUUCUAAUCGUCGAGAACAUCGAGAUGAAUGAUCGUGGUAAGGUGUCCUGCAGGGUAACCUACAAUUGGUCCGAUAAAGCCGAGGAUCACGUGGCAGUGGCCGAAACAUUCCUUAGGGUCAAAGACAAGUUCGCUGCACUCUGGCCUUUCCUAGGCAUUUGCGCGGAGGUCGCUGUUCUGUGCGCCAUUAUUCUAGUUUACGAAAAGAAACGAAACAAGGCUGAACUCGAAGAAUCUGAUACUGAUCAGAGUCCUGACACCAAGCCAACGCCCAACAAGGAUUCCGACGUUAGGCAGAGAAAGUGAACCAACGAACAAUGAGCGGCGGAUGAAUGAGAGCGAUGCAGGAUAGCAGAACGGAUAUGGGGAACGAUCUUGGGCAUCUGCCGGAGUGACAAUACAUAGCUGUACAAGAAAGAGAGAAAGAUGGAAGCGGAUUGAUACAAGUUCCGUAACGAGAAAGACAUCGUUCGAAUAAGAAAAUAAAUUAUGCAAGGAGACGAUCGUACGUUUCCGAGUGGGGGACAGGGUUAGCGCUCGAUUCGAGUGGCACAGGUACCCUUGUUCGUCUUGAGUGCAUACCUGCGUGGAAAAACAGGCUUCGUCUGUGCACACAGAAAAAUGUACACGCGCACGCGGUAUUACACAAUUUACUAACAAAUUUAAAUUAAGCCUUACUAUCGUGUUCACUCCAUUUAUCAGAUGUUCGCCUGUCCGUUAUCUCUAUUACACUGCUUUGAUCGACGGGUCGGGGGAGAAAGAAAAAAAUAAUGUGCUCUGCUGAUCUUUACGCGUUGUAUGUGUUCUUGAAACGAUGACGAGUGCGCGAGUAAACCGAACGAGGAAUAAAUAUGAACGGAGAUACCUAAAAACGAGGAGAUAGGGCGCGAAACGAGAGGAAUGAAUGUACGCGUGUAUGUGUGUUUGUUGCGCGCGAGUUCGUGCAUGCUUGUAUGUGCUCGAAUGACAGAAUGCGAUAGUGACGAAAUAAAAAAGAACAAAAAAAAGAAAAAAAAAAUGAAAAAGUAGCCGGAUCAGCAUACCCGCCAACGGCAAUUCGAAACGAGCGAAUUGAAAAUUCGUUUCUGUUGUACCAACUAAACUGCUUGUAAGAAUAAAUACACGUACAUACACACACACAUAUACACGUAUAUAUAUACACAUACAUAUAUACUAUGUUCGAAGGCGCAUUUAUUCGCUAACGUACUUUUUACGGUACUUUUGUUUCCUCGUGUUUGUGAAGGGGUAUAAAAAUUCUUUUUUCCAUGGUGUGCUUUGGCGGGUAUGCUUUCACGUGACUCAGAACGUGUAGAAACCCUUGUUUCUCAUACUUCGCACCGUGUGACCGAAGAGAAUAAAAAUAAAAGAUUUUACGGUAGGACCGGAAACAAAAAAAAAUUAUGUGCUCGAUAAACUAGUUACGUAAUAAUAGAAUCAGGAGAGGCAAUGCGUGCUAUAAUUGGCUUCCGAACACACGGACUUUCGGAGGUAUUUAAAAAGCUUACCUGAUGGCGCCGCCUUAUUAUAAUUAUUGUAAUUAUUACUAUUAUUACUAUUAUUAUUAUGAUUAUGAUUAUGAUUAUUAUUAUUAUUAUUAUUAUGAAUGAUGAUGAUGAUUAUGAUGAUGAUGAUCUUGAAUAUUCCAUCGGUCAUGGAAAAAAACACGUCGGAAGUCAUGGUUCUGCGCGCGACGCCGUUGUUAACGACGUUAAUGUAAUAUUAAUACUGUAAUAUUAUUAUUGCCAUCGUUACUAUUGCUACUAUCGUUAUUAUGAUUAUUACAAGUAUUAUCGUUAAUUUUA